GAAUGCUUUUAGAUCGAGUUAAGGCUCUUGAUUAAUAUUGAUAAAGCAAGCAUUUUUGUAACUAAAAUCUCAUUUAAUGGACUAAAUCUCUAAAACUGUAUAUAUUUAGAAAAUAGAUACCUAGGCUUCUCACAAAUUGAACGAAAAGUAUUGACACCAUCACAGUCUUUCACCAGAAAUCAAAAUGAAAAUUCGCCAUCACUUCUCGGUUUAUUUUCUUCUGGGCGUAAACAAAGAGUAGCUUCCCCUUUUAAGAGCUCUUUAUCCAAAAAAAUAGGAAAUUUUAAUAGUCAGGGUAAUCUCACAAAGAAAACAAGCAUUCUUAAGAAUCCGUCCUCCCUCGCUAACUCUCCUUCUGGCAAGAAGAGAGUGUGGUAUCAGGAUGGAUUUGAUGCUAACCAAAGACAAAUGUCUCUCUUAAAUGAAGCAAAGAUCAAGAUCAAAGCUCUCGCUGAUCUUAGUUCUAAUGAAGAAAUUGAAGAUGACAGUAUGGUUAGUAAAAAUCGGCUUCAGAAGAUCAAAGAGGCUAUUGAGAAUUCUGAAGUUUCAAAUUCACUGAAUAGCUCAAAAACAUCGACUACUUCUAUUCUCCCUACUCAGCAUGGAAAGUUCCUUAAGCGUACACAAAAGAUGUCUGCUAAGGAAAUCAAGAGGUUCAUUGAGAAGCAUAAGAAUGACCCAAACUUUCCAGAAAGUGCAUCGAAACGUGACGAAAUAAUAAAUGCCCAAAUAUCAGCAUUGCUAAAAUUAAGAGAGCCAAGGUCGCAACCAAAUAUCCCAAGACCUCCACAAAACAAAAUUAUGUCUCCGACAAAGAGAACUCAGACGAACCUGAGUAACAAAAAGCCACUUGGAUUUUCUUACCUAAAGAUGUUAGGGAGCAGUAAGGAUGAAAGAGGGCGGAGAAGGACUGAUUUCCAACCUCAGGUACCAUCAAGCCCUUUGAAUCUAUCUUUUUCAAACCAAAAGUCGAUCCAAAAAUCAACGGUGUCGUCUAAGAACCAGAGCUUCAGUUCGAAUCAUUCAAGAGGAACUUCUAAUUCGAAGAAGCAAUGGGCUAUUAACAAAGCUCUUGGCAAGAGUCCUAACUCAAAAGGCAUUAAGAUGCUGGGUGACAUCGGUAAGGGAAAUACGCUGGGAAAAGCCAUGAUGGGACAUCUCAAAUAAUUUCAUGGAAGAGAAAGACCAACACGAUAACCCCAUCGGUGCUGAAGAGGAAGCAAGUGGAAGUGAGAAGUAUGGGUAUUCAAGAGAAGAGUUUAGUGAGCCCCAAUCGCAUAUUUUGAGCUAUGAGAGUAAAGUAGACCACCUUGAAAACCUUGGCAAAGCUCCUGUGAUUGAUAUUGAUGCUGAGAUCAACAGAGAUAAAGAGCUACGCAAGCAGAUGAUUUAUAUGAAAUAUAAACAAAGGAAUGAAAAUAUUCGGGAAAACGCUAAAUAUCGACCUGGAAAAUUGAAGAAUUAUUUUGGUACUUACUCUCAAAAAUAAGGUGAGGAAACCGAAAAACAAGAAUUUCGACUACACUCAAAACUUCACACCUUAUCAUUCCAAAAUUCUGGUGCUAAAACCAUCAAUCAAGAACCCUGGUAGGACUAAGAAGGAGCGAAAAGCUGCUGAGAACUUUCAAGAAAGGAAAAAUCCAGUGAUUCUUCAAAAAGAGUUCUACUUCACUGACAAAAUACUGCAUAAUAAGACUAGUGACCGUCUAGCACAUCUAAAAGGCGGGCUAUGAUCUCUCCUCGAGACAGGCUCUACUCAAGACUAUAAUGAUAAAUUCUUUUAA